UCUUAACACCUUUUUGUUUUUACAUUAGUAAGGACUAGAAGGGAAAGGAAAUAAUAAAUGUCUAUCAUACCCUUGACUAGCAAAGGGCUCUGAGACUCCUUCAGGCUUGAUGCGAUCUCAUUGGAACACUGACUGCAGGAAAUAUGCAAUUCUGAGUUCCUUUUUUGCAAACUUUUACCCUGAAGCUGGACCAUUAUCUGAUGAAACUUCCCAUAAUUUUUUAUAUUCAAGUGGGGCUGUUGCUGUGGCCAUAUCAAGGUUUGCACCAAAACCAUGGAUGCAGCCUUCUGCUGUUGACCAGAAGAGCAGAGUCUAGGAAGAUCACCUAAAGGAGCUGGGAAUGCACUUUCCCAUCAAAAGUGGAGUAAGACCUGGCCUAGUGGUUUGGACCAUUCAUCUGGUUGCAAAGAGGAUGGUAGUGGAGAGGCUACUGCUGCCACAGAUAGACAGAAUUCUCCAGGAACCACCAGGACAGCUCUUGGAGCAGCCAGUUCUACACUCAAUCUAGAGAUUUUAGAAAGAAGCAGAGCUGAUGCCUGUGUGAAGGUGACACCAUCCUCAGUGCUGUGCUGGAAACAGCAUCCGGAGCCAUGUCCUGGUCCCAAAAGAGGCAGAGCCAAUACUCCAUCCCCACUAGGAACUUGCUCUCUGAGAACAUAAACAACAACUGCCACCGAACAAAAGGGGAGGCGGUGCAAAGCCCAACCAUGGCUGGAGAUUCUAGGAUCUUCAUGAACCAGGACAUGGAAAUUGGAGUCACAACUAUGGAUCCCAAGAAGAUUCCCAGACAGCCGCGGGACUAUGUCCCUAUCGCCACUGACCGAACCCGUCUCCUGGCAGCAGAAAUGAAGAAGCCGCGCCAGCGUUACAUGGAGAAGAGUGGCAAGUGCAAUGUGCACCAUGGAAAUGUCCAUGAAACCUACCGGUACCUUAGCGACCUCUUUACUACUCUGGUGGACCUCAAGUGGCGCUUUAACCUCCUUGUCUUUACCAUGGUUUAUACUGUCACAUGGUUGUUUUUUGGAUUCAUUUGGUGGCUUAUUGCCUACAUCCGUGGAGAUCUGGACCAUCUUGAAGAUGAGAACUGGAUCCCCUGUGUUGAAAAUCUCAGUGGAUUUGUCUCCGCGUUUCUGUUUUCCAUCGAGACCGAGACCACAAUUGGGUACGGCUACAGGGUUAUCACUGAAAAGUGCCCCGAGGGCAUCAUACUGCUCCUGGUUCAGGCUAUUCUAGGCUCCAUUGUCAAUGCGUUCAUGGUAGGGUGCAUGUUUGUCAAAAUCAGCCAACCAAAGAAGAGGGCCGAGACCCUCAUGUUUUCCAACAAUGCAGUGAUUUCUAUCAGGGAUGAGAAGCUCUGUCUAAUGUUCCGGGUCGGGGACCUCCGGAAUUCCCACAUUGUUGAGGCUUCCAUUAGAGCCAAGCUGAUCAAGUCCAAACAGACCAAAGAAGGGGAGUUUAUCCCCUUGAACCAAACGGACAUCAAUGUGGGCUUUGAUACGGGGGACGACAGGCUAUUCCUGGUGUCACCACUCAUCAUCUCACACGAAAUCAACGAGAAGAGCCCCUUCUGGGAGAUGUCCCGUGCCCAGCUGGAGAAGGAGGAAUUUGAAAUCGUGGUCAUCUUGGAAGGAAUGGUCGAAGCAACAGGGAUGACUUGCCAGGCCCGGAGCUCCUACAUGGACACUGAGGUGCUAUGGGGACACCGCUUCACGCCUGUCCUCACCCUCGAGAAAGACUUUUACGAAGUCGACUACAACAGCUUCCACAGCACCUACGAAACCAACACCCCCACGUGCUGUGCCAAGGAGCUGUCCGAAUCUUUUCAAGAGGGCCGGCUCCUCCGCCACCUCUCCAGCGCCACCCUCCUGAACAGUGGCAGGGAAGCAGAGACAGCAAAAGAGGAACAGGAAGUGGAAGAUGAAGGAAGGGAGGUGGCUGGGAUGAAUGGAGCCAAUGGAACAGCAGGAGAGGUGAAGGCAGAUAUGUCUGUAUAGCACGUGGAUCUGUACUGGACAAUAGACAAUACAUGUGCUCCUACUGGGGAAACAGUGGGAUCCAGUGGUUAGGGUACUAGCCUGGCAGUCAAGAGAUAUGGGUUCUAUUCCCAGCUCUGCUACCCACCUUUGGGUGACCUUGGACAAGUCACUCCAUAGCCCUGUGCCUCAGUUUCUCCCAUCUGUAAAACUAGGGUAAUGGUACUUUAUCCACAUUUUCAAAGCAUUUUGAGGACUAUGGACAAGACAUGCUAGAUAAGAGGUGUUAUUACUGUUGACGUUCCCCCACAGAUUGCUCUGGAAGAGACUCUUUGAUUGGUCAAAAUUAUUUCUCUUUCAGGGGAUAUUUAAAAAGAGAAAACAUAAAACAAGCUAACAAUCUCCCAUCUCAGUAAGAAGAAUGUAGUUUCGUACCUUCACUUAAUUUACAAGUCCAUGCACUGUAGACAUUAUUACUGCUAAAUUAAAAGAGAGGAAAGAAAAAUCCCCUCCUGUAUCCAGCUUCCUAGUGAUUGCACAUGGUGUUUUAGAGUUUUCCUCCUGAACUGUGUCCACCAUGAUUCAUUUCCGACAGGCUGAAACAUCUAACAGUGGGAUGACGGGUCUCUCUUCUGAGAUAAAUCAGGCAUUUCUCACCCUGGCUUUGUGUUGUGGCCUCUUUAUCAUGUGCAUCCUACUGGUCAGGCUUUCUUCCGAAACUGGUACAGUGCCAUCUCUGGUGUAAUUGUUUUGGACAGCCAUGCUGCUCAGUGCAUGGUUUGUCGUCAUGGGCUGUAUAAAUCUUGCCCAUGAUAAUGGUUUUUGGACCUGUGUGUCCCAGAUUCAAUCCCCACUUUUGAUCCAUGGCAAUGAGUUCCAGGUCCCUCUCUAAAGUCUGGUCCAUUUAGAGGAUAAAUGGUACUACUGCUACCGGUUAAGAUGUAUUCCGUUUGCUUAUCAAUUUGAGUGGAGAUAUUCCAGAUUUACACAACGGUAACAGAAUUUAAUUUGGCCACAUGUUGCUUCUGCGAGCAAUUGGGGUGGGGAGGAGGAGACUCGGGGCUAUCUACACAGCUCCACGGUUUAGAAAAAGGGGGUGUGAAUUGUAGCAUACGGUCUCAUGCUAUGCUGUAACUCCCCUGUAUGGAUGCUGUGGGCACAGACUAACAGGUACCUCAUUUCCGUUAACUUAGUCCUGUUUAAAGAUGGCGACAUUAAGGCAAACUAGGUACCUUUUAGUUCGCACCUGCAGUGUCCACACAGGGAAGUCACAACAUGCUAAUGCAUGCUGCAAUUCAUACCCCCGUGGUCCGAACUGCUGGGCCAUGUAGACAUAACCUUAAUCUGUAUUUCUGUGCCCACCUGGCAUUGAUUCUGGAUUUAUAUGUAAUCACUAGGUGAAAUUCAGCUCUUGCAGAAGCAGCUUCGAUAUAACUGAAAUCAUUGGGAUUGCAUCCACUUACAACAGAUCUGAAUUUGGUUCACGAGCAAUGUUCCCUGUAAUUUUUGACAGGCCGUGUGAGCAAAAAAUUUCUUCUGUGCAAAUUUUUAUGUGCGCGGUGUUUUGCUGUGCGCACGGGGUUUAGGAUCUGUGUUCAUGCACACAACUUAGAGGGAACAGUGUUCACGAGGCUUUAGAAAUUAAACACACACACAAAUCUGUUUUACAUAAUCUCUGGGGUGAUAACCAGAAAGCUAAAAGAAAAGGAGUACUUGUGGCACCUUAGAGACUAACAAAUUUAUUUGAGCAUAAGCUUUCGUGAGCUACAGCUCACUUCUGAACAUCGUGUUUCCAGUUAGGGGUGGAGAGGUGCCAAAGGUGACCUUGUUACUCUGCUUCACUGUAUGCAAAGUUCUCUGCUUUUCUUUAAAACAAAUGUUUCAAUGCUGUUUUUCCUUACGGUUUCUUUAGACAAUGGAAAUUUGCUUUCACAUAAGUACAGCAUGUAGUUAAGCUAGUGUAAACACAUGGGCCCUGAUUCUCAAAGGCUUACAAUGGAAAUUGGGAGCCUAAACACCUUUGAGGAUCUGGGUCAUGAGUUGAAAUCCUGGCUCCACCAAAGUCAAUGGCAAAACCCCUGUUGAUGUCAGGGGGGUCAGGAUGUCACCCUUAAUGUAGACACACUGCAUUGGUUCAGAAUGGGGCUCACAUGAGUGUGAUUUACCCCAGUAAGCUGCAUUGUUUAUCACAGGUUCAAUGUGUCCACAUUAGGUGGCUUCACUAGUUUAACUACAUCCAGGUAUUUCCACUGAUAUAAAGUGGUAUUUCCCUCAUAUAAAGAGCCCUAACUGGACUAUCAGUGCCAUUGUCCUGGCACUCUCAAGCCAUACCAUCCCAGGGUGUUCAUGAAGGACUCUUCAGUAACAUCUUGGUGGGCUCACCAUUGACCUACCAGUUACAUCUCCCAGUAUAUUGGGAAUGCUUUAUCUUGGAGAUCAGCUGUCCUCCAGCUAAAGGGCUCCUGAAGCCCCUGGGAGUUCUUGGACAUGACUACAAUGGGAGCAGGGUUGGGCUCUAGUUCCACAAAGCAGGACAGAAAAACGACUAAACCCAGGAGGGGACAGGGGAAAGCUGCCUACAUCUAAGAAAUAAUUAUCUGUGAAAAUUGUUUUCCAGGAGCCUUCAGUCCAUGGCUCAAGUGUGCUCCUGAUGUCAGGGAGAAUAAGUGGAAAGUGAAACCAGAGCUGAUCUUUGCAAGGCAGAGUGUGAUCUCUAUCAGCUUUGUCAUCUGGGCUGCCCAGGCAUGAUCAUCCACAGCAAGACUCAGACAGAACCAUUUGGGGAUGCUAUUGAGUCAUCUUUAAUCCCUUUCCUACAUACUUCCUUGGAGUCCUUCCAAGGGCUCGCUUGGGUUGCGCUGCAGUUUCCUCUUCGAGACAGAAGAGGAUUUUCCCAGGUUGAAGAAGGAGCGCCAACUGCCAACGGGGGAUUUCUUCAUCUUGUUGGGUGGUCUUUUUCUGGAGCAAGAAAGCAGAAGGGGAUCUGCAUUCAAGUCACAUUGCCAGUCACUACGUUUUACCAACCAGACCUGACUCCUUCUGCACUUGGCCUGCUGGCUUUGACAGAAAAAUAGACAUGUAUAUUUCAGCAGCAGAGCAUAUUUAUGCUCCUCUACCUGGAAAGGUCCAGUCCCAGAUCUUGUGGGGUCAGUUCCAUUCAACAAAGGACAUUCAUUUCCUUCUUGUAGCAGGCAGGUGCAAUUUUUAAGGCGCUAGGCCUGAACAGGAUUCAGAGUCUGAACCAAGAAUGCCUCUUAUUUUAUAGGCAAAUGUACCUGUUCCCUCAAUUUAUAACUAAACUAAACAUAUCAGGAAAGGGAUUUCAUUUGCAGUAUAAAAGCUACUUGACCCCAUGCUGCAUCUCCAUGCACAUGUACGUACACGAAUCUCUGGAGGGACAGAGGGAGUUGAAUGGCCAGCUCACUCAAGGCAUACAACAAACGUGCACAGACAUCUGAGGUGUAAAUUGAGCCAUGUGUGUCUUGCUGCACCCUCAUGGAUACAGAACAACCCCAUCCCCACUGGGGGUGGGAUGCUAGCUAUGAUCCUGCAUUGUAAUCAAUUCUUGCUGAGAUCAGAGCGCUGUCAUCAUUAAAAGCCUGUUGAAACACGCCUCUAGAGAUAGAAAAGUAAAAGCCUCUACCUUUCAGAUGGAAAGUCUAUGACAGUGUGGAAUUUCCCCUGUAAUGCAGCAGGGCCUUCUCCCACUUCAAUGUAUUUACUGUCUGCCACUAUAGGGGAGUUGAUCUGGGCUUGCGUCCUUGCUUGCGCCUCCUCCAGGGUGAGCAGCUUAGUUGAGGGAGAGGACACCAGCAGUGAUUUGGGGCGUGAUAAGGAAGUGUGACCUGCAAAUGAAAACCAGAGAGAAGCAGCAGGAAAAGUAAGGCCCAUGAAUAGAUUAUAGCAUUUCCUGAGCCCGUAGAAACCCAAGAAAAGGCCAGCAUACCUUCUAUUACACACAUCGUUAUGGCAGAGCUAACAGUGGAAUUAAUAAUUGGCAAAGUUUUACAGAAUCCUAAUGGUUUCCUCCCUCCCAGUUGCAUCCUAUGUCAAUUACUCUAGAAGCCUACAGGACUUGAUCUCCAUUCUGUAGUGGUUUGCUUGUAACCAUCUCUGAAUUCUAGGGCUAGAAUAUUUUCAGUUAUCCUACAGGAUGAUUCAAAACCCUGUACAGAAAGGUGAUCGUUUUCUUUCUAAUUGCUGGUUUUACUUGCACUCCCCAAUCUUGGUUCUAGCUCAGAGUAUGCGGAAGAAUGGCUACAUCUAAACAUUUUAAAUGGGAGCUAUUUAAAAUGUUACAAACAUGCUUGCAACUAGUAAGUAUGCUUUAAAUCACUCCUAACAAUCUUGGGGUAGAGCAUAAUAAAUUAAGAGCUGGACUGUUGUGUUUUUGCUACUUAAAUAAAGUUUUGGGUUUUGUUUC